AUGAGGCCCUGUUUUCCUCAACCCCAACCCCUUCCAGCUUUUAUGGGCUUCCUGGGAACUCUUAUUAACAUUGGGGAAAACCUCAACGGAGAUUCGAGUCUCGAAGAUGCAUCCCGUUGCGGUCGGUCCACCGACGUUGUUUCGAGUGAUAUCAAGGUUCUAAUCGAAGAAGACUGGUCGCUACAGGUACGCGAAAUUGCGGAUAUACUGAAAAUAGGUUUUGGAACCGUUCAAAGGCAUUUAAAACUGCUUGGCUUAACAUCAAUUUGA